AUGGAAGAAAACUUCCUCAGACCAUGGAAGAAGAAGGUGCCCUGCAAUGUGAUACAGGCAGAACCUGACAAGCUUAACUCAAGCUGUGCUUUAGCCAUCCUGACACUCUUCUUAGAUUCACUCUUCAUUGCAUGCCCAUCUUUCCUGCUCUUGGCUCAUGACUUUUACAAGCUCUUGCUUAAACAGACAGCCUCCAAUGUGUCAACACUGGUCUUUUUAAACAGUCCCCACUUUGUCUUCUUCCUAUUCCCCCCAGCCGAGUUCCCCUCCGCCAAAAAAAACUUGCUCAAAGGCCACUUUCGGAACUUCACUCUCUCCUUUUGCGACACCUACACGGUCUGGGACUUGCUGCUUGGCAUGGACCGCCCAGACAGCCUGGACUGCAGUCUGGACACCCUGCUGGGGGACCUGCUGGCUGUAGUGGCCAGCCCAGGCUCCGGGACCUGGGAGGCAUGUAGCAACUGCAUAGAGGCGUACCAGCGACUGGACCGACAUGCUCAGGAAAAAUAUGACGAGUUCGACCUCGUGCUGCAUAAAUACUUGCAGGCAGAAGAGUACUCUAUCCGGUCCUGCACGAAAGGCUGCAAGGCUGUCUACAAGGCCUGGCUGUGCUCAGAAUACUUCAGUGUGACCCAGCACGAAUGCCAGCACUGGGUGCCCUGCAAGCAGUACUGCCUGGAGGUGCAGACCCGGUGCCCCUUUAUCCUCCCUGACAAUGAAGAAAUGGUAUAUGGAGGCCUCCCUGGCUUUAUCUGUACAGGGUUGCUGGAUACUUCACCAAAGCGGCCGGAAACCAAGUGCUGUGACGUGCAGUGGGUCUCCUGUGAGUCGGAGAAGAAGAAGUUCAAGGAAUCUGAGCCCCCCCAAACCCACCACCAGCAAUUCCACCAUUCCUAUUUCCACCACUACCACCAACAGUACCACCACUACCACCCCCGCCAUGAACCCCCGAGCCGUGUCAGCAACAAGCCCUCCCUGCUGCCGGUCUCUGGGGGCUCCUGCCUCAGUCCCAGCAGGAUCCGGCUCUGUGUCCUUGUUCUUAUGCUCCUCCAUACCGUGGUGUCCUUCUCCAGCAGCCAGGGUGGUGGGGGACUGGGACUGGAGACACUGCCUGCCCUAGAGGAGGGCUUGACACAGGAAGAGUGA